AUGCAAGGAAAAAGGUUCAUACGCAAGGAUGGCUUCAUUUGCUGGAAGAGGAAAGUUGGUGAGAAAGUUUCAAAGUCAACGGUGCAACAGUUUGAGGCUGAAGAAGAAAAGGCUGAAAAUGCUGCAUCACGUCAGGAUGAAGACGUGGACUGGCUGCACGCCAUCAAACGACGACGAGAGAUCCUGCUGGAGGACUGUGCAGCCAAGAGCAAGAGACUGAAGGAUGAAGGUGCAAUGCUGGCCGAGCAUGGCAGGCAUUGGGAGGCCAUUAAGAAGUUGGAUGAGGCCAUUCAGCUGACUCCAGACAACCCACUGCUGUAUGAAAUGAAGUCUCAGAUACUGACCAUUCUGCAGGAAGUGUUUCCUGCUGUGAAGGCAGCGGAGAUGGCUGUGAAGUUCAGCCCCCUCUGGUGGGAGGGUUGGCAGACUCUGGGCCGGGCACAGCUCAACCUGGGAGAGGUGGAUUUGGCUGUGAGGUCCUUCCAGGUUGCGAUCCACCUGUGCCCAUCAGAGAGCGCCCUGUGGCAGGAGGACCUGCAGUGGGCCCGGAGGUUACAGAAGCAGCAUUUAGCGACCAAGGAGAAGGCUCGGCAAGAGGAGGAGGCCAAAAAACAAAUCCUUAACGCCCCCGAGCUGGAGCAGGAGUAUGACUUUGAGUCUGAUGAGGUGCUGGCCGCCUGCGUGGCUGUUGCUGAGCGACAGACGCGCUACGAGGAGCUGAAGAGGACCGCAGUGGUCGUAGAUGCUGAUGGAAACAUAAAAAAUGUACUCAUUGGGGAAGGGGGAUCAGAGGACGCAGGGACUCCAUCAAAAGAACAGUUUGUCAAAGCAAGAGGACUUUGAAUUUGUAUCAGCAUGAGCUCGUUUUCCUGGAUACAUUUUGACAGACUGAAUGAUUUAUUUCUGUAACUCUAGUGAGUGCGUGUGAAGCUAUAGCAGAAAAAAUAGUUCAAAAGCAACAGAAUAAAAGACAAUUUAGUUUAUUUUAUGUUUCCCAUCCCUACAACCUUAACUUUGUUAAAUGUGCAUGUAGAGUUUUACAGGUUUUGAAGCCAUAAACUUAAACGUCUCCUGGUCUUGUACGUUCCCUCUGGAUAGCACAAUAACACUGUAGCUAAUGUACUCUGUGGUUACGUUACAAUCUGGUUGUUUUCAGCUAAUCCCUUUGGGAUUACGUUAUGCUUCCACCCCGGCAGUAGCUGUGGCAGGAGGCAUUAUGUUUUCGGUUUGACAAUCCAUUCAUCCCAUUCUGAUGAGAGCGAUAUCUCAAGAACGUUUUUGAGGGAAUUUCUUCAUAUUUGGCACAA